GGGAGAAAUUUUGCUAGAAAACAAACCAAAGAAGCAGUUUACAUGUGAAAUAGUCCUCUUCCUUUGUCUUUCUUUUACUGAGAGUUGGGGACAUCCGCAGAGAGAGUCGUGACAGCGGACACAGGUCUUCUUGUCCCCCGGAUUUGGAGUCAGGCUCCAACAGACUCCUCCAGCCCCCCUCCUGUCCUCCAGGCCCACACGGCUCUACCUCUCCCCAGGUGUCAUGGCUCCGACCCUGGCUACAGCCUUCUCGCGGCGCUGGUGGAUGGCCAUCACGGCGGUCAUUGAGAAUCUGCUCUUUUCCGCUGUGUUGCUGGGCUGGGCCUCUCUGCUCAUUAUGCUAAAGUCAGAGGGAUUCUACUCCUACCUGUGCAAGGCACCAGGAAACAGCUCGAGUUUUAACAUGUCUAACUCCUCGGAUCAUCAGUCUUCGGCAGUAGAAGAAGAGGAGGAGGAGUACCUGGAGGUGAACGGGUGGCAGAUCUGUAAAGACCAGGACGAGAUGCUGAACUUGGCCUUCACCAUCGGCUCCUUCCUCUUGUCGGCUAUCACUCUGCCCAUGGGCAUCAUCAUGGACAAGUAUGGCCCCCGCAAGCUCCGGCUGGCUGGCAGUGCCUGCUUUGCCUUCUCAUGCCUCCUCAUCGCCUAUGGAGCCAGUGAUCCGAACAAUCUAUCCAUGCUCAUAUUUUUCGCUUUGGCCAUGAAUGGGUUUGGAGGCAUGUGUAUGACCUUCACCUCUCUGACGCUUCCUAACAUGUUUGGAGAUUUGAGGUCCACCUUCAUUGCUUUGAUGAUCGGCUCCUAUGCUUCCUCUGCUGUCACCUUCCCUGGCAUCAAGGUGAUUUAUGAUCUCGGUGCCACCUUCAUCUCCAUUUUGCUGGUUUGGGCUGGCUGUGCGUGCCUCGUCUUCCUCAACUGCUUUGUCAACUGGCCCCUAGAACCGUUCCCUGGCCCCGAAGACAUGGAUUUCACGGUGAAGAUAAAGUUCAGCUGGCUGGGCUUUGAUCAUAAAAUCACAGGGAAGCAGUUCUAUCGUCAGGUGACCACCGUGGGCCGACGCCUCAGUGUGGGCAACACUCUGCAGCCUGCUCCCAAUGAACUGGCCACUCAGGAGGCCAACAAGCUGUGUCUGUCUACAGUGGACCUGGAGGUCAAGUGCAACAAGCCCGAAGAGAGCCAGUCAUUCAUGCGCAGUAUCCUGAGCCCCAUCUUCCUCCUCUCCCUCAUCACUAUGUGUGUGACGCAGCUGCGCCUCAUCUUUUAUAUGGGAGCCAUGAACACCAUCCUGGAGUACCUCACUGAAGGGGACCUCAGCACAGUGAGUGUGUACACCUCCAUCUUUGGCGUCCUGCAGCUCCUGUGCCUCAUCACGUCUCCUGUCAUCGGUUACGUAAUGGACUGGAGACUCAAGGACUGUGAGGAUGAGAAUGACAAACUCACUAAGAGGGAGCCUGGAGAGCCCCGACGCCCGGACAAAAAGAUCCAGAAGAUUGUAAAUGCCACAAGAGCCUUCAUCUUCACCAACCUGCUGCUGGUCGGGUUUGGGAUCACCUGCCUCGUCCCCAACCUACCCCUACAGAUUCUGUCAUUUAUUUUGCACACUAUUGUCAGAGGCUUCAUCCACUCCGCUGUUGGAGGACUUUAUGCUGCUGUGUACCCGUCCUCUCAGUUCGGCAGUUUGACCGGGAUGCAGUCCUUGAUCAGCGCUCUGUUUGCACUUCUCCAGCAGCCUCUGUUCUUGGCCAUGGUCGGGCCCCUGAAUGGUGACCCCCUCUGGGUGAACGUGGGCUUGCUAGCUGUGAGCAUGCUAGGCUUCUGUCUGCCCCUGUACCUGCUCUGCCACAGCCGCCACCUUCAACGCCUCAGGGAUGAACGCGAUGCGGACCCCAAAAUCUAUGUCAAGAUGAAUGGAGAAAAACCAGAAGCCUUUAUCUAGAUACACAGGAAACCAUGGGAACAUACAAGGCUUAAAACUGCAUGGAGAACCGCAUUGAAGACAGAAUUAUUAACAGGUGAAUUAAGAAAGGGGGAUUCGCUCUCCCUUUUCAAAACUAGACAAACUUGUACUGUCUGUCUUCAGUCACAUGUGUCAAAGUCCUACCAAUUCCCAACCGGUCCUCACCAAACCCUAGGUCCAAGCCAGGUUUUAGUUUCACUUUCUCAGAUAUUGACGCUACACUGUGACUCUCCAACUACAAUCCAAUGGAGGCUGCUUAAGGGACACUAAAGACAGUCCAGAUCCCUCCUGUAACUGCGUCACCAUGGAGACAAAAAACACAAAGAAGAGAGACUGUUUUUUGUUUUUUCACUCCUGUUUUUUUUUAAUGUUUAAUUCUGUUACUGAUUCAGCACUGCCCAUUUAUUUUGUGGUAGAAACUAUGUCCACACUAUUGUCUAAAAUAAUCAUGUUUUGUGUGUCUUCAUGGUUUAUCCACAUUGAAGUUGUAGGAACUCAACUGUUACGCCAAACCUAGUUCAUUAAGAAAUGCUUGUAUGAAAAUGGCAGUUGUAGUAAACUUGUUAGUCCAGCAUGGAGUUUUAUGCUCUUUGUAGCAAAUUUAAAGCAUCUGUUAUUAGAUGUUGUUGGUUUCGCUUGGCAAAAACAGUGGUGGAAGAAGUACUCAGUUAUGUUACUUAAGUGAAAGUACAGAUACUGGAGCAGAAAAAUAUUCAAGUAAAAGAAUCACAUGAAAAGUAAAAGUAAAAAUGUUGUACCCGUUUAAGUACCCGUUACGAAGUAUUUCACUCAGAUUUUGAGAAGUUAUAAAUUAUUGAUAAAGAUUUGCAUUGAAUUUUGUAUUUUUUGCAUUUUUGAAUUUUGUUCAAUAGAAACAAUUCUAUCAAUUGUUUUUCAGAGAUGUUUUUAUUUGUAUAUUUUUGUUUGCUACUACAAACAUGUUAAAAAUAAACCCCUCAGACAUUUCAGUAAGUCUUUAACAAUAAUGAAAAACCCUUUUACUUGUCAGUCCUGUUCAAAGUGUAGUGAAGUAGAAAGUAUAUAUAUAUUCUCUCAAAUGUAGAAAAUAUGCACUUUAAAAUCAACUUAAGUAAAGUGCAGAUGCCUAAAAAUUGUACUUAAGUGCAAUAGUUUACUACUUUUACUUCAUUAACUUCCACACUGGGUAGAACUAAUAGAAUUAAUUCAAAGUGCAGGGUUCUCUAUUCUUAAUAUUGGAUAGUAAAAAACAGGAUAUAAAAUAGAAAAUUGCAGUGUUUUGUUCACAAUUUCUCAAGUUGGAUCAUGGUUUGCAUGGGCUGUCCAAUGCAGACCUAUCAUCGUAAUAGCAAACUUAAAGCUCCUAAAAGUGGACACAUACGGUAGCUUCUAUCAGUGUCUCAGUUCAACUGUCUUACCUCAAAAAGCAUUGCAAAAAUCCAUCUCAUCCAUGUUUAUAAUGACAUUAGUGUGGACAUAGUUUUGUAGAGGAUGGAGAUGCUGCCGCUGGUUUUCCAUAACAGUGUUUAUUGCACAGUUUUAACACAACUUUUAAUUCACACUGGCCUACAAAGCACACACAAUAGCCUAGCAUUUGUUUCUUUGUUUUUCGGGGCAUUUGAAAUUAGUAUUGAUCCAAUAUAACCUCAGAUUCACAAAUAGGACACUGCAGCUUUUAUCUGCCUGUGUGCGACAAAAAGUACAAUGCAUGAUACCAGACUAAAGCUAGCCAAAUGACAUAUGCUCGAACUUGUCAUGAAAUCUUUACCUUGUGUUUUUUAUCUUCUCAAAUGUUUCUUUUCCUUAGUUAGAGUAGGUUUAGUAGGUAGAUAGUUAUAUUGCGGGACUGCAGUUUACUCUAUAAAUUUGUUGUAGCAAUAAGUGUUUCUCUAUGACUAUGGUGCAACCUGAGUGACACGAUUUCCAAAGAUUUAUUUUUGUUGUGUCUAUAGCAUUGGUUUCUUUUUGGUUGUUAUUUCAAACCUACACAAUCACUUGGGAAACUUGAAAAUUCUGCUCAGAGGUCAAUGCUGGAAAAUAUGUAAUUAAACAUUAUUUUAAAGAUGCAAGUAACUUUUCCAAUUGAGAGUUUCCGUGGAGAUGUUAUUGCUUCAUUGCAUUGACAUAUCAGUUUGGCAGUUACACAUGUUUUUAUUGCUCAAAAUACCAUGAAAAACAUUGAUCCUUACUAGUGGGAUCACUACUCCACAGAUCUAACGUCUAACUUGGCCCGGUGAUGUCUCUAUUUGUCUCUACGGAUAUAGAAAAGUUCAAAGUUGCAUAGUGCAUCUUUAAUUUGUUGUCUACACCAAGUUUGGAUUUCCCCGUCUAUUAUAAGAAACGCAAUCCAAUGGCCCCUGUGUGCCUGACCUUAUACUUAGAAAUAUAUGGUACUCCAAGUUUCUCCAUUCUUCUCAUUGUGUACUAUUACUACCAAUACUUCUACUGACCAUAUUUUUUCCAAUUUGCUUCCAAUUUGAGUUUCAAUACUGAGAGACAGGCCUCUACCAGCCUUUAAGUUAGCAAGUUAGCUAGUUAGCAAGUUAACGAGAAACGAAUGGCACAAAAUGCACUUUAACCCACUGUUAAAUGGACCUCCGUCAUGUAUGUUUAUAUGGAGAACAUGACUGCUUAUUCAAGUGGUGCAUGAGGCUAAGAAUGUAUAUGUAAACCUAUAGUAGCUUCACUUUCUAUUGCAGAACAUGUGGAUCGGCAAAAAGCAGUUAUUUUUAUAUUGACAGAAGAUUCACAUGUUCACUGUAUGGCCUUUAUGUGUAGAUAAAACAGCAGAGGUUUGUCUCUCAGUAAAGAAAAGCAGUAGCAGAUAAAGGUAACAUUUAAUUAAAGAUACAAUGGGUUUGUGGAUGCAGUAAUUGAGUUUCAAUAUUAUCUCUGCCAAAGUAUUUGUCAAAUUUUGUUUUUAGUAUUUGACCGAACUAGUAAAUGUACUCAAGUCCCAAGUAAUUAUUUUAACAGUAACAAGUAAAUAGUUGUAUUGAAUAUAAAGUCAUAUAAGAACUACUAACACUACUAAUCUUGUUUGUAAAUUCCCUCUUAAAAUAUAGGGAAUUCUCAAUUGGGAAACUGGACUGGGAUAAUGAGUUUCAUAUGCAGGUGUUGGAAUUGCCAUUUAAGUCAAAUAUAUAAAGACAGUAUAAGAUAAGGGGAUCUUUAUUCAUCCCACAAUGAGGAAAACUCAGUGUUGCAACAAGAAGUACAAGUAUCAAGUGUGCAUCCUACUUAAGACCUUAAGGUGAUAAGAUAUUGUGAAUUUAAACAAAUCACAAACCUGUUGCCAUAUUAGAAACACAAUUACUGCAUCUGUUGUUGCUGUUGUUUCACCAUCAUCAAACUAGUUUUAAAGGGCCCAUAUUACGCUAUUUUCUAAUCUAUGUUAUAAUGUUGUUUCUUCAUCACAAACAUACCUGGAGUUGUGUUUUCUGUUAUUCACACAUGUUUAACACACACACCCUGCAUAUUUAGGCUGAGUUCUUCUCUCAAAU